AUGUGUUCAUGUUUUACAUUUAAUUAUCUGUAUACGGCUGUAUUUACUGUCCUAAAAACAGGCUGAUGUCUUCCUUUUCUAUGAAGUCCCUCCUUCAAAAAUAUGCAACGAGUUCUGAUUGUUAUCUUGUUUAAUGUGUUGUGAUUCAAUAGCAGCAUAGCUUGCCGUUAGCUUAGCUGGCGACUGACGUAUUCCUGUGGGCGGAGUUUAGUCAAAAAACUGUUCUACUGAUGUCAUUAAAGCAGGAAGUAGAGGGCUGAAGUCCAAACCGGCCAAUCGCUGUAGGCUUUAAAAGGCAAAUUCUGUUAAAGAAAAUAUAUUGCCUGACAGUGAACUUUGAGCUUUAUCAUUUUAUAGGUAUUAUUUAUGCUAUUAUAGCAACAUUAUACACUAACUAGGGUUUAAAAAAUGGGAUCAGGAAGAAUGUGACCUUUAAUAAGGGACAAACAUCCUAUUCUGAAUUUUAAUACAGGUUUAGAGAAACCUAUCAGAGCCAAGUGCUUAAAUAAUUAUUUCAGAUGCAAGAAAAACAUCUUUUCCUUAGAGUUCCCAUAAACAUAGAGAUAAAAAAAAUGCUGAGAUGACAUACAAAACAUCCAAUGAGUGGAUAUUUCCAAAUAUUCUGUGACACAGGCUAGAUGAAACAUUUGAAACCCUGGGAGUAAAGGAACCGACCCAGGUGUCUAGCCUGGCUGGUGUCUAUAUCACAGAUGGAGGUCAAGGCAAAUAGUGGAGCACAGUAGCCAAACUGGAUAACAGCCCUGCCUUGUACUCCAAUAUGGGCUAUGUUCACAUUUCUGCCUGGAGGAGAGAACUGAACAUUCUGGAUGCAGUCACCGUUUUGAGAAUGAAAGGGAGGGAAGGAGAAAGGUAAACCUUUUCUUGUUGUCAGCAGUGUGGGGCUGGCCUGUUAAUUGGUGAUUUAAUUAGUGCCUAAUAUUGCAACUGUGCCCAAUAGUGCCUAAUCAGGCGACGGAUGGCAUUGAAUAAAAAAUAUUAUAGACAAAAUACAACUUAUACACUUUAAAAAAAAAGGUGCUGGAAGACUUAAAGGUUCUUCAGACUAUGAAAAGGACUAAGAACCUUUCCAAAAUGGUUCUUCUGUGGUAUCACUGGGAAGAACCGGUGUACUGACAUGCAGGGUUUGUAGAGAAAUAUGACUCAGAUUAUGUUUCCUAUUUUUGUACAAUGUUUGCACACCAAGCAAACCAGGUUCUGGCUUGUUGAGUUAAUCAUACAAUACAUAUGGAACAUUGAGACAUUUUGUGCAGAAUAAGAUUGAAUCUUAUAAGAUGGAAUAACUCUGUCUUUAUAAUGUCAUUUGUGUUUUGUGUAUUGUGUCCUCCUACGAAAUGUGGUGGUAAUGUGGCUGCAGUAAGCUGCUGGAAUGAGCGAGUGCUCUUUAGAGAAAUGUGUAACACUGGAGAGGUAAUAACACCACAGUCAUUGAAUUGAAAUGAAUAAGGCAUGCGAAAAGUUUUAAGGUGGAGUGGAGAAGCACUGGGAAAAGGAGCUCUGGUUUCCUUAUACAGGAUCCCAACUUUUGAUAGGUAACAGAACAACGAGAGAGAGACGGGCAGAUAACCUGACUGAGAAGACUCGCAAGAAAUAAAGACCAUGAGAUGUAAGAUUGAGGCAAAAAAAUCAGUGAUGUUGUUUUGCAGCUCUGAAGUCAGGGUGCAGGCCAGCUGCUGUUUUGCGGUUUGUUCCUGAGGUUAUGCCUGACAGUAACUUGAGCCGUGUGCGCAGGCUGAUAAAAUGUGGAUUAAGCAGGAAGGAGAAACUAGAGGGGGCAGCAAGAAGCAUAGCUGUGACGGCUCACUCGUGUCCCUCAAGGACCCAGAUCUUCAUUAGACAAAACCGGCCAUGAAAAAUUCCUUCAUUUUCAGAUAGUGACCCGUCCCAUCCUCACUUAGAGAAGGACCCAGAGACUUGCUCCAUUGUCUCUGUCUAGCGACCAGGCAGAGAAGAGUAUGCUAGACAAGGCAUCAGCUGUUGUAUGGUGACCGGAGACGAGGCCUGCUUUAUGAAUGGUUCUUUUACGGAUACAUCACAGACCUGGAGUCAGAGAUACCACCGUGUACUUUGCUUGACUAAAGAAUGAAUCCGUCACAAUGCUCUGCUUUCACACCUGUCACAGAAGACUGUGUUUUCUUUAAAUCUCCAAAGCCACCAAACAUCAGUAACAGCAGCAACAUGAACCAGGAAAGAGAUGGUGGAAAGCUAUUUGGAUGCAGCUAAACCUUAACAUAUCUGUCCUGGAAGUCUAGCUGGACGUCCUGUCACAGCUGGUAUCUGCCCUGAGCAUCAUUAGCGGCAAGCAUCAUGUCAGAGCUGGAGGACUAUUCCCCUCCCAGGGGCCACCCACAUCCCGACCCGGCUCGAAUCCAGCAGAACCUUCUGGAGGAACAAGUGGAGCUUUGGUGGUUCAGCGAACCACGCAAAUCCUUAUUAUGCUACUGCGCUUCAGUGUCCCUGAUCUUAGGCUGCGGUUUGGGUGGUGUAGGCCUGCUCUCCACCACCACCAGCCUUUCCAGCGAGUGGAGGUUGGGAGCCGGGACGGUCCUUUGCCUUCUCGCCCUGGCCGUUCUACUGAAGCAACUGCUGAGCUCUGCCGUCCAGGACAUGAACUGCGUACGCAGCAGACGGCGGAUAAACAUGCUAAAGAGCGGGGGCUUGUCCGACAUUCUGGUCAUGUUGAUCACGGGAAUCUCUUUGGUUAUUUGUGGGGCCGUGCUCCUGAAUGUGGCUCUGGCCUACCACAUGCCCAAACCUGGCAAGGCUUUGAAUGACAUGUUCAUAUCCGGGGUGGUGUUGUUGGCGGGCGGGGGUUUUACAGUGUUAGCGGUCGGAGUUUAUUCCACAGUGGUUUUCCUUUUAGAGAGGACAGGCCCGGGACAGAGGAGGUGGGAGAGGACAGUGGGAAUCUUCACCAUUUCAGGCCAAAUGCAGGCAAGGAGAGAGACAGCUUCAAGCCUGGCGCGUCUGAUUUAAUAGUGUGGCUACAUAAUUUAUAAGGCAUUCUUGAUAAACUUGAAAUAAGACACUGAACUUUGCAGUCUUAGGGCAAUAAAAAAGCCUUCGGUGAAACUUUGCACUCAUUACACUACUGCACAAAUCACACGAGACAUUUACAAUUACAUCCAACGAACAGGCUGAAGGUUACAAGCAUAAAACCACGAAGGGUUCAGGCCCAAACAUUUUGUUUAUGCAUCACUGUACAAUGAAGGAAGUACAGAAAAGAGCACAAAUUUAAUCAUUAACACAUUGAUUUUGAUAAAAAAUGCUUUCUAACAUUCACUGCCUCCAGGAUUAUUUGACAAUACUGUGUGUGUCCUUCACAGCUUUAUUUAUGUGGGCAAAACUGAGCAAGCCAAGUGUCCAUCUAGGGAUGUAUUUAGCUUUCCAUGGGAUUUAAUGUUUGCGUGAACGAGUGGAUCACGAAUGUCGGGACUGGGAAUUUAUACUACAACUUUGUUCUGUGUGCAGGCAACACUAAGAAUAAAAUAAAGGAUAUGAAUGUAAAUCUGCAGGAUAUGAUAUAUGCUUGGAUUUUUUUAUUCCAAGAAAAUGGAAAGAUUUGCUGAAGGAAUUUUACAUUUAAGGUACAUACAGUAUGAUUUGUUUUAUCAGUGUUUCUCUAAAACUAAAAACAUCACAUUUAGUGUUAAAAUGUAUAUUUUUUGCAAUACAUCUAUGCUCAUUUACAUUUUGAUGUAAAAUAUUGAUAUUUGAUUUUGCAGAGCUUAUGAAAAACAUUCACAAACAGAUGGAGAUAAACAGA